AAACUGAUUAGUAUUUUUUUUAAAUGGAUUUGAAAAUUUAAUAGAUGCGGACAUAUAAAACACAAUAAGCUGUUUAGAUUUUAGCUCGACAUUUUGAAUAAUGUUAUACGGGGAGCUUUUAAAUUCGCAUGGCGUUGGCGUCUGCGUCGAUUUACAUAUCUUGUGAAUAAAUGCUCAUCACAGUCGUAGCCUGCAGUUCUAAAAUGCGAUAAGCAUAAAACCAAAAGCGAUCUUAGGUCAGAAUACAUACUACCUCAAGAUGGUACAGAAAUGGCGACAGUUCAAGCUUCUGUUAUGGAAAAACUUCCUCAUACAGAAGCGGAAGGUGGUAACCACGGUGUUUGAGAUCGGACUUCCUGCCUUCUUCGCGCUUAUUCUCGUUUUUAUUCGACUACGCGUGACGGGAGAGAUGAUGGACGAGAAGGAAUGGGCGGCUUGCGGGCACUGGCAGCACUUGCCAAAAGAAAUUCACAUGCACCAGGUCGCCUUCGCACCUGACAACAACCUCACCCGCCGCAUCAUGAAACACGUCACCGGAGAACACACCAGGAUCUCGGAUGUAAAGGGUUUCGAAAACGAAGAGAAAUUGGUCGAUUUUAUGAUGUUUGAAAACUCGACAACAAAAAACCUGAAAUUCUAUCUAGCCGGCGUCGUAUUCACAAACCGCUUCCAUGACAACGGCACUCGGCUGCCACGUGAUAUCGCAUACAAGCUGCGAUUUCAGUCGAGCCCACGGAACGCGGGGAAGAAGAGUUCUCACCUGAACCCUUACCGCGGGGACACCUCCUGGAACACGGACUUCAUCUUCCCGCUCUUUCAGCACGUGGGGCCUAGAGAACCAACCAAGACAUGUGGAGGGACACCAGGUUAUGCUCGAGAAGGCUUCUUGGCUCUACAGAACGCAGUAAAUUACGGUAUCCUGAAGGAAUACGGAACGCCCGUACACGCGGGCAUUGUGGAACACAUAGACCUAUCACUGAGGCGGCAUCCCUACCCCCGUUUUAACGACGACAACUUCAUUAUCGUCAUACAGAGCCAGUUUCCACUUAUUCUUAUGCUAAGUUUUGUUUUGGUGGCACUCAACAUUGUUAAAGACGUCGUCCAUGAGAAGGAACGAAAAUUGAAGGAGUCGAUGAAGAUGAUGGGCCUGAACAACUGGCUGCACUGGGCGGCCUGGUACGUCAAGUACCUGCUCUUCUUGCUGAUCACCGUGGGGGUCAUGACCCUGUUCCUGUGUAUCAACACCAGCAAGGGCCCCGUCAUCGGCAAGAUUCAUCCAUCCAUCGUCUUCCUCUUCCUGUUUGUCUACGCCAACUGUGUCAUUUCAUCCUGUUUUGCGGCCAGUGUCUUCUUCAAUAAAGCGAACUCUGGAGCUGCAGCUGGAGGGAUUCUGUUCUUCGUCACGUACAUUCCCUACUUCUUUAUCCAGCCUCGUUAUGCAACGUUUACCUGGGGACAGAAAAUAAUCUCCUCCCUUAUACCCAAUGUGGCAAUGGCGUAUGGCGGCCAAAUUAUCGGCAUGUUUGAAGGAACAGGUGUCGGUGUACAGUGGAGCAACAUAAUGCACGGCGUGUCGGUGGACGACGACUUCUCCAUGUUUAACGUGAUUGCCAUGUUGCUCGUGGAUACCGUGCUGUACGCGUUUGUCACGUGGUACGUGGAGGCAGUGUUCCCGGGCGAGUUCGGCGUACCCCUUAAGUGGUACUUUCCCGUCACGUGUUCAUAUUGGUGUGGCACAAAACCAGAUGACUACGUCACUGAUGACAAGAACAUUUCUAUCGGCCAAAUAUCCGAGUUCUUCGAGAAAGACCCCUCGGGUUUGAGAGCUGGCAUACAGAUCAGAAACCUUAGAAAGGAGUUUAAGCGCGGUGAGAACAAGAAGGUGGCUGUGAGUGGAAUGACGCUGGACAUGUACGAGGGCCAGAUCACAGCCCUGCUGGGACACAACGGGGCCGGCAAAACCACCACAAUGUCCAUGCUCACAGGUUUAAUCCCCACGACGAGCGGCACGGCCCGCGUGAACGGGUUCGACAUCCGCGAGGACAUUGCCAGCGUCCGCUCCAGUCUGGGUCUCUGCCCACAACACGAUGUUCUGUUUGACUCCCUCACAGUGGAGGAGCAUCUCAUCUUCUUCUCUAAGCUGAAAGGUGUGCCUGAUGAUGUUGUUGGCGGAGAGGUAACCGCCAUGUUAGACGUUAUCAAUCUGACAAGCAAACGCCAUGCAAAAUCGAGCACUCUCUCUGGUGGCAUGAAGAGAAAACUAUCAGUUGGCAUUGCACUGAUCGGGGGCUCCAAGGUGGUGAUCCUUGACGAGCCCUCUUCCGGUAUGGAUCCGGAGGCCCGGCGUCAGCUGUGGACGGUGUUACAACAAAACAAAAGGGGCCGCACCAUGCUGCUGUCCACACACUUUAUGGACGAGGCUGACCACCUCGGCGACCGGAUAUCCAUCAUGGCGGACGGCGUCGUCAAAUGCUGUGGAUCUUCGACCUUCCUAAAGAACAAAUAUGGUGCCGGUUAUCAUAUGACCAUCGUUAAAGCAGAACAUUGCGAUGUGGGUAUAAUAACACAGAGAAUAAAACAUUACGUUCCGGAGGCAGAGUUAGAAAACAACGUCGCUGCUGAAUUGUCGUACAUUUUGCCAAGUCAGCGGUCGUCUGAGUUUGAAAAGAUGUUUCUUGAAUUUGAUCGCAACCUUUCUGGAUUGGGGAUACAGAGUUAUGGAAUCGCUGUUACUACAAUGGAAGAGGUGUUUCUGAGGGUCUGCAACAGCCAUAUCUCUGUCGACGAAGAAAAUGUGCCUCUACUCAACCGUACUCAUAAACAAGACCUGACCAAUUUUUCUUUUCUCGAAAGACAAUCCGAACCGAUCAAUGAGAGAACUCCUCUAUUGACAAACCCAGACCGGAUCAACCCUUUUCACCGCACUCCAAGUUUCACACAAAGUGUUCAAAGAAACACCGGCCUUCAUCUUUUACUUCAACAAUUCUACGCCAUGUUUUUAAAACGGGCCAUACAUACAGCCAGAAACCUUAUUGUGACGGGAACGCAACUGUCAGUGCCACUGUCUUUCGCUAUCAUCGGUCUAGUAGUUAUCAAAACAUUCCCAGGACCACACGAUUCACCACCCCUUUCUCUCACAAUAGACUCUUUAGGAGAUAAUGUUGUGGUGUAUUCUGUAAUGGAUACGAAGUAUUCACUUAACAACGAGCUCGGGCAAUUUUACUCAGGACAGUUUAAUGACAGCCAUACAACGUCUGUGGAGUUUGUUAAUAACCAAAAACAUUUUUCAAAUGAUUCAGACAUCACAAAAUACCUGUUGAAAACUGCGAGAAAUGGUCUAGGAAUUUACAAUUUAAGAUACUUGGUAGGAGCGAGCAUAAACAGCAUUGACGGGUCUUCUGAUACGAAAUUGAACAUAACCGCUUAUUUUAACAAUCAUGCGUUCCACACGCCUGCCAUAUCCCUGGGAAUGGUUGCAGAAUCAUUGCUACAAUAUUUAUUCAAUGACUCUUCUUUAUCACUAUCAGUGACAAAUCAUCCGCUACCUAGAACGACGGAUGACAAGGUUAGAGAUGAAACGCAAUCUGAAACUACAGGAUUUACCGUCGCAUUCAAUAUCGUGUUUGGAAUGGCGUUCUUGGCAAGCAGCUUUGCGCUAUUUCUAAUCAAAGAACGUUCAACGAAGGCAAAACAUUUGCAAUUGAGCAGCGGUGUUAAUGUAUUUGUGUUUUGGUCAGCAACUUUUUGUUGGGAUAUUAUAAACUAUCUCAUGAUGGCCAUUUGUCUUCUUAUCACCAUCAGGGCUUUCAAUGUGGAUGCAUACGUUGCCCAUGACAACUUAGCAGACAUAGCUCUACUUUUUCUUUUAUAUGGAUUAGCAAUGCUUCCAUUCAUGUACCUGUGCUCGUUUUUGUUCACUGUGCCUGCCUCCGGAUACGUCUGGCUGACCAUGUUCAACAUGUUGACAGGGGUUGCGACAAUACUUGCGGUUGCCAUUCUCAGUAUACCACAACUUGGUCUCCAAGACCUGUCCAAAGUUCUCGAGUGGAUCUUUUUGGUUCUUCUUCCUAAUUUCUGUCUUGGACAAGGACUAGAGGACUAUUACAGUAACUACAAGGUCGGACUAAUUUAUAAUAAAGUCUGUCCUGUCUUGAAAGAAUUUUGCAACGAACUUCCGAAUCCUUGCUGUCAGAGCACAGGUAACUGUGGCGAAGAUGGUUGUCUAUAUUACAACUCUAAUCCUCUUGGCUGGGAACCCAACGGAAUAGGGAGAAUGCUCUUUUUCCUCUCAAUGCAAUUCGUCUUUUACACAACAGUGUUGUUGUGUCUAGAAUCGGAAAUAUUUCACAGCCUCGUACAGAUUAUACGAAAAUCUCUUGCAGCUUCUCAAGAAAUUGAAAUUAUUGAACUAGAGCGUACUGGUCGAGUACAAGAGGAUGAUGAUGUUGCGCGCGAACGAAGUAGAAUUGCAAAUAACCACCCCACAUCACUCCUUCAAACGGAUAAAAUCCUUCUAUCAGAACUUUCAAAAUGUUAUGACAGGAACAUUGCUGUAAACCGUAUAAGUCUUGGAAUUCCACAAGGCGAAUGCUUUGGAUUGCUUGGUGUGAACGGUGCAGGAAAAACAAGCACAUUCAAAAUGCUUACUGGAGAUGAAAGUAUCACAUCUGGAACAGCAUUUUUGAAUGGAAAGAGUGUCAGUUCACAGAUUGCCGAAGUGAGAAAGUACGUUGGCUACUGCCCCCAGUUUGACGCCCUCAUCGAUCAGAUGACUGGUCGAGAGACUUUGUUCAUGUUUGCACGGCUCCGUGGAAUCGCCGAAAUACCGCCGAUGGUUAACGAUCUCCUUUCGGCAUUGCUUUUAGAAGAGUAUGCAGAUAAGCAUGUUCAGACAUACAGCGGGGGCAACAAAAGGAAACUGAGCACGGCUAUUGCCCUGAUCGGCAAUCCACCGGUUAUAUUUCUGGACGAGCCUACAACUGGUAUGGAUCCUAAUGCCCGUCGCCAUCUGUGGGACACACUGUGUAACAUUCGUGCUUCAGGCAGAACACUUGUUCUUACUUCACAUAGCAUGGAGGAGUGCGAGGCGUUAUGCACACGGCUAGCGGUUAUGGUCAAUGGCCAUUUCAAAUGCCUUGGGAGCCCACAACAUCUGAAGAAUAAAUUCAGCGAAGGCUACAUAUUGUUUGCUACUGUCGGGUCCACUGAGGGUGGUCAUAUUCCGGAAACAACUGCGCUGCAAACGUUUAUCGAGGACCACUUUCCUAACUGCGUGUUGAAAGAUGUAGACCAUGGAAUGGUUCAUUACCAUAUAACAGACACGUCCAUGACCCUAGCGCACAUAUUCGGAACAAUGGAGAGGGCCAAAACUACGUACAAUAUAGAGGACUAUUCUGUCAGCCAGACUACCCUAGAACAAGUCUUUAUCAACUUUGCUCGAACACAACAACCACCCGUUGAGUUACAAGAUGGUUGUUGUAAAAGAUUUUGUUUUUGCAGUAGAAUAUGUUAAAACACGUGUAGAUCCUGAUCUUGGAUAUGAAUUCUAGUACCGGCCAAUUCUAAUGUGAAUAAAUAAAUACUCGUAUUUUGAAAAAAGGACCCUAAUAGUCACAAGUUUAACAUUGUCAUUUAGAUGAGGCACUAAUAUGAGAACUCCCUGCAAAUUGUAUUUUAAUGUCUCGAAUCUCGUCGUUUUGUUAAUAUAAAGAAAUCACUUUUUUCGAUGAAUUGCUUUUGAUAAAAAUCGUAUAAUAUCUAUUUAGGUAUUUGAUUUUGAUCAUUUAAACAGUAUGUGUGUACCUGUAUGUCAGUUUAUAAACUUGUUACGCUUAUUGAUCGAUAAACCUGGCACCAACUUGUCGAACAAUCGUAAUUUCUACGAGUUUGUAUCUUAAUUAGCAAGUUACUUACAUCUGCAUGGCAAAAACAAAGACUGGCUUAUUGUGAUUAUAUAAAAAACGUCAUUUAAGAUCUUCAAAUAUCUCUAAAAGAAGAUUAUUACACAAUUUGCAUAAAGACAAAAUGUUAUGUGCUGAGCGUGGCACUGUUAUAAGGGACUUAAGGUUGUUAGAGGACUUGGGGGCCUGGAAUACAGAACAAAACACCUGUCUUUAUGUUGUCCAUACCAUUUCUAUUUUUUUCUGUUAUUCAAUAAUUUUGAAAUUAAUUUUAAUGGAUAGAUUUUAUUCUGUUUUUUUUUACUUUCAUACCAUGCUAUUUUAAUACUAAAAUGUUUUAUUAAGGUGUACAAAAUAAUUCUAUUUUAUUUUAAGCUAGUCUUAUAUUAUAUCAUGUGAGAUAUAUCACACUUAACGUUUUAACGUGAUGUUUUAUGAUAUUUAUAUUUUUAAUGAUCACAUUGUCUUAAAAACAUGGAACUCAGUGAUACACCUUUCAGGAUUCAAACGAUGUUGUAUAUAUUGUGUUUAUUUAUUUAUAUCUACAAAAAUCUCUUCAUUUAUGGACGAAUAAAAAGUAUCUAUCUA